GGCCAGCAUUGGUCCAGCAGCCGGAGCUAUGCCACAUACCACUGGCCUGGGGGCUUAUUAGUCCGGUUGGUGCAUCAGCACUACUGGCGAAAGCGAGUGUGAGAGGAACUUGCCGCAAAAUCGGCCUGUCCAUGCUCACCAUCAUGUGGGUUGGCGCAAACACAGCCCUUUACUCUUCACUGUCCCCUUGUUGCCCUUCGGCAGCUUGUCCGGCCACCAUACCAAUUGAGGGAUGCUUUUGCCCUGGGCCAUGUGUUUGACACAUGCACGCACUAAAAGAAAGGAGCAAGCAAUUCUGCCGGUCGGGCACCGGGCUUUGAGUUGCUGCGAGGGGAUGGGGCUCACAGCCUAAGCUGCCUUCUUCCUGCAGCCCAAUGAAAGGAGCAAUAGACCUCGCCCUAGCUUUUGCUAACGUGCCUCGCAUACUGCUCUGAAUACCUAGGUACAAAGCUAGCUGGUUCCCAGGGACACCUCCUCUCGUCUGAUCCCACAGGAUAGAUCAUGCCGAUCUCCAGCUCGAAUCAGGCAUCAUGUCCUAUAUCAUCAGAGCCUCUUGCUUCCAGAGAACAAGUCUUGACAGCCGGCAGAGGUCUCAUGCUUGAGUUCCACAGGAUAUACCUACUCAGAUCUGUCUCAAGACCGUCCACAGUGCAACCACCGUCCGUAUUGCCCACUAUUCCCCGAAGCCUUACACUGCCCGUCGAAAACUCAUAAGCUCUUAUCCCGUACUGUCUUAGAACUCGACAAUAUGCCGGCUCAAGACCCGUCUCCUGCGAGUGAGGCGGACCCAGCCUCUCGGCCGCCCGAAGACGAUACUCAUUUCCGAGAGUCGAAUAUCCCGCCGUGGCGAUUCGCAUUCCUCUGUGUUGGCCUCUGCCUUGGCUUAUGCCUCUCUAUGAUCGACACUAGCAUAGUCGCAACCAGUUUGUAUACCAUCGGCGAGGAGUUCAACGACCUGGAGCGGAUCAACUGGGUCGCCCUGGCUUAUACGCUUAGCUUCCUCGGAUCUGCCGUGUUCUUCGCGCGGAUCACCGACAUUGUCGGCAGACGGAACGCCUACAUUGCCGCGUUUCUCAUUUUCUUCUCCUUCUCACUUGGCUGUGGCUUCUCGCAGAAUAUGGACGCCCUGAUUGCCUGUCGAGCACUCCAGGGCAUUGGGGGGUCAGGCUUGUUUUCGGUGACAAUGAUUAUCUUUCCCGAGAUGUGCCCGCCAAAGUCCCGGAACUACAUAGCGCCCCUGAUCGGAGCAGUCAUUUCAACCUCUGGUGUGCUCGGUCCUAUCCUCGGUGGUCUGUUCACUGCUUACACCACAUGGAGAUGGGUCUUCUGGAUCAACGGUCCUAUUGGAUUCGUAUCCAUGGUUUUCUUCUACGCCUCGUGGCCGAAGGCCGAGUUCCUCCCUACCAUCCAAAGGCGUUCAUGGAAAGACCUGGAUUUCCUGGGGUCGCUGUUGGUUGUGUCAGCCGCGGUCCUUAUCGUAUUUGCCUUCCAGGAUGCCGGGUAUAGUCACGCAGAGAACCCUUGGGCGAACGCAACUUUCAUCGCACCCCUGGUAGUUGGACUCAUCUGCUGGAUUGGUCUAUUUGCGUGGGAGGCUGCCUUCGAGCAUUUCUGGAGCAAGAAAAUGGCAGCGUUGCCUCUUGUCCUGUUCCGAAACCGCGUCUUUGUGGCAGCCAUCCUGAAUACCAUAUUCCUCGGGUUUGCCUACCUCGCCACACUCUACGCCGUGCCCCUUCGCCUUCAGGUCGUCAAUGGCAAGAGCCCCGUCACGGCCGGUGUUAUGAUGCUGCCUAUGUUGGGGGCCACCGGUUUCGGGAGUGCUAUCGCAGGUGCCCUGAGCAGCAGACAAAACCGACUGUCCGAGACCAUGACGGUUGCCUCUGUUUUGGUGACACUGGGACUGGCCCUCGAGACAACGGUCUCGGACUCUUACGAGCUCGAGCCAAAGUUUCUGGGCUUCAUGGUGUUCAUCGGGCUGGGAUAUGGCAUGAUUACGGCAUCUGCAACCAUGUUUACAUCCCUAGAGGCAACCAUCGCUGAGCAUGCUCCAGCGCAGGGAAUCAUAGCCCAGUCUCGAAUGCUCGGAGGCAGCAUCGGCAUUGCAAUGUCCACGGCGGUGCUAGCGGUACAGCAAAAAGAGCAGCUUGGCAGCACGAUCCCACCAGAAGGACCUGCCACCCUGGCUUCCACUUCGCCAGCCGAUAUCCGCAAAACAUACAACGACGCAUUCACGCAGACGAUGAAAGUGUGCGCCAUAAUUGCAGGAAUUGGUGUGCUCCUUACCCUCGGCACGUAUCGCCGCAACAGAGGCUCCCUGGACGAGCAGAGGGGAGAGCAGGUGCGCAAUGAGAAUCAGCGGCGUGAGGCCGAGAAGAGCACAGCGUCCGGAGCCGUGGUAUCUCAGUCAUCUGCAUAAACAGACAAUUCCCUUUGAUAAUUUUUUUAUGGUUUUUGCGCGCAUUCUAGGCGUCCGGGGCGGUGAUGACUGGACAGUUUACAAUGGAUAUGCGGAGUCGAGAAUACCCCUGUUGCCUUUUGUAUUUAAG